CUUCUGCCCAAUGUGGCAUUCAGUUCUCUCAGCUUCAUUCAAGAAGUUCAGUAAUCUUCUGCUUGUCUAAUCGAAGCAAAUCAACCAAACAACAAAAUGAAGUUCAUCGGACUUGCAUUUGCCCUUUUCUGCGCUGUGGCUUACGCUACCGCUCAAGUUGCCCAGGAGGAACAGAUGCAGCAAGAAUACGAGCAAGCUCGUUUUCGUCGGGAGGCUAAUCCCCAAGGAUCACUGGUGAUAACUGGCCAGAAACCCCUAAGCGGACCCGACAGGCGACCAUCCCUGGACAUCAACUACCAACGCCCGAUAUUCGAAAGACAAGGAGUUAAUGGAAAUGCCUACGGAGGUGUAAAUAUUAGUCCGGGACAACCUGCUCGUCCACACGUUGGCAUGAACUUCGAGAAGACUUACAAGAACGGUGGCUUCGGAGGAUUCGGACAUGUCGAACGUGGACCUGGCGGAAGACUGUCGCCCGUCUUAGGCGUUGGAGGCAGAUUUACUUUUUAAACAAAUAUUGACGACGUUGCGAAGAGUAUUUUAAUUUUAUUAAUCACUCUUCGUGUUUAUGAUUACUUAAGAGAUUAUUACGCAUUUGCUGCCAUAUCUUUCCGUUUUUAAAGGAUAUUUAUUUGUAAACUAACCCUUCGAAUCGACGUCUUUCCAUUUCUAACGGAUCAUAUUUAUUUGGAAAUUAACCUUUUCGACCUUCUGUUUUAAAUAAAUAUUUACUUGGAAAAUAAACGCGCCGUGACGUAUAUUCGUUUUUGUUUCCGGUAAAUAAUAUUUAAAAAUUUGAAACUUGUUUUCGGCGUCUAAUUGUGAAUAACCGGCUGUGAAAUCUCUUUGAGAAAAUAUUGUUGAAAACAAAUUUUUUGUUAACGAAGCUAAAUUUAAAUUCUUUGGAUCUUUCGUGCAUCAGUAAUUUGUGUACAUUCACUGUUGAAAUUGAUGUUUGUAUAAACGUCUCGUAACGAAAUGGUUAAUAACUAUUUAUUCUGGCUGUGUACAACGAUAUUUAUCGUUAUUGAUCCACAAUGACGCGUCGACUGAUCAGCUAUUGGCUGUUAAUAAUAUAGUAACUGUAUUGUGAAUUUAUUGCAAUAAACGUAGCUUCAGCGUCUAAA